AUGCCCGUGACGGAGUUCAAGACAGCAGAAAAGUACCGAUAUCAGAAUGGCUUCGGCUCAUACCACGAAACUGAAGCAAUAGCGGGUGCAUUGCCCGUCGGAUCGAAUAAUCCUCAGAAAUGUCCAUAUGGACUGUACAAUGAGAAGCUCUCCGGCACCGCCUUCACCGCACCACGACACGAAAACCUUCAAUCAUGGCUGUACCGCAUCCUACCAGCCAGUGCGCACUCACCAUUCGAGCCACGGGAAACAGAAUCAUACGACCUCAACCCAGGCGGUCUGCGAUCGGCACAAUGGCAUCAGAUUCCCAAUCAACUCAGAUGGGAUCCCUUUGAUAUGGACGAGACGGUCGAUUGGGUGCACAGUCUGCGUCUAGUAGCAGGUGCAGGAGAUCCCACGAUGAAGAGCGGAUUGGGAAUCCUCAUCUUUGCGGCAGGGAAGGAUAUGGACGAGAAGCAUGCAUUCUACAGUGCUGAUGGAGAUCUUCUCAUUGUGCUUCAGCAUGGGGUACUGGACAUUCAAACCGAGCUGGGCAGUCUGCUGGUGCGGCCAAAUGAGAUAUGUGUUAUCCCCCGAGGGAUCAGACAUCGCGUCACCCUCCCAGAGGGCCCAGUUCGUGGGUAUGCUCUGGAACUUUAUCAGGGACACUUCUCCUUGCCAGAGCUAGGGCCAAUCGGCUCUAAUGGACUGGCGAAUGCACGGGACUUCCAAGCGCCUGUAGCUUCCUUCAUCGAGGAUGUCGAAACGGAGCACACCCUCUUCGCCAAGUUCUCUGGCACUCUCUUCACCGCAAAGCAAAACCACACACCUUUUGAUGUGGUCGCAUGGCACGGAACAUACUAUCCCUUCAAAUACGACCUCGGACGCUUCAACACCAUCGGAAGCAUCUCCUACGAUCAUCCAGACCCCAGCAUCUUCACAGUCUUGACAGCACAAUCCGACCACGCAKGAACUGCGAUUGCAGACUUUGUCAUCUUUCCUCCCCGUUGGCUUGUUGCGGAAGAUACCUUCCGUCCGCCUUGGUACCAUCGCAACACGAUGAGCGAAUUCAUGGGUCUCAUCGGUGGUCAAUACGAUGCAAAGACAGGCGGUGGUUUCCAACCCGCUGGUGCAUCCCUGCACAAUGUCAUGAGUGCUCACGGACCGGAUGCCACUACACAUGAAAAGGCGAGCAAUGCUGAGCUCAAACCCGCAAAGGUUGGAGAGGGUAGUAUGGCGUUCAUGUUUGAGUCGUGUCUGAUGGUCGGUGUGACGGAGUGGGGUUUGAAGCAGUGUAGGAAGGUCCAGGAAGACUAUAAUGCUGAGAGCUGGGAGCCGCUAAAGUCGAGGUUCGCUCCACCACAAUCUCACAAGAGAGUCAUUGCGGAAGGUGUCGGGAAGCAUGAGCAGGCAGAUGCGGAACAGCUUCCUCACUACACCUAG